AUGAUGCUGGAUGAGCUUCAGGCAGAAAUGACAGGACAGAAGCCUAUUCUCAAGAAAAGCCAGUGGGCACAAUGCCCUCCCCAGGCCCUACCUGUGCCAGGGGAGAUCAUCGGAGGACAUGAAGCCAAACCCCACUCCCGCCCUUACAUGGCCUAUCUUCGCAUUAAAGAUGACACGGAGUCUAUGUGUGGCGGUGUCCUUGUGCGAAAGAACUAUAUUCUGACAGCUGCUCACUGCAAAGGAAGGUUAAUCAAUGUCACCCUGGGGGCCCACAACAUUGAAAAGAAGGAGAAUACCCAGCAGGUCAUUCUGGUAAAAAGAGCCAUCCCCCACCCAGACUAUAAUCAUAAGAACUUCUCCAACGACAUCAUGUUACUACAGCUGGAGAGAAACAUCGAGCAAACUGGUGCUGUGAAACCCCUCCAACUGCCCAGGCGCAAGAACAGGUUGAGACCUGGACAGAAGUGCACUGUGGCCGGCUGGGGGAAGGUCACCCGAUGGGGCAAAUACUCAAACACUCUGCAGGAGGUACAGCUGACCUUGCAGAAGGAUGAGGAGUGUGAAGGCUACUUACGACGUUAUUACAACAGGACCAUUCAACUGUGUGGGGGGGACCCAACAGAAAAUAAGGCUUCCUUCCAGGGGGACUCCGGAGGGCCUCUCCUGUGUAAAAAUGAGAUCCAGGGCAUUGUCUCCUAUGGACACAAUGAUGGGACAACGCCACGGGCCUUCACCAAAGUCGCCAGCUAUCUUACCUGGAUAAAGAAAACCAUGAAAAGCCUCCAACUGCAGGACACAGACCACCUUCUCUGAUGCUAAUCCAGGACCACAAUGCGGGGAGGGAGGGGGUG